AUGUCUAACUUCCACCUGUGUUUGCUACUUGCUGGUCUUUGUGCACUUGCCAGCUGUCAUCAUGUCCCCGGACACCAGGGUGGCCACGAUGGGCAUGAACAUCCAGAGGAUGAGCACCCCCACCCUGAAAGUCACCAGGAGAGUGGCCAUAUGCCCUGCCUCAAGAUAGCCCCAAACAGUGCUGACUUUGCCUUUAAAUUCUACCGCCAGAUAGCUCCCGAGGCUGCUGGCAAAAACAUUUUCUUUUCUCCAGUGAGCAUUUCCACCGCCUUUAUGCUCGUGACCCUGGGCGCUAAUGGGGUCACGCUAGAUCAGAUUUUUUCAGGGAUGGGCUUUAACCAGUCUGUGAUGAGCAAGAAGGAGAUAGAUGAUGGUUUCCACCACCUCCUACAAUUGCGGAACCGGCCACAGGCUCAAAUUGAACUGAGUAUUGGGAAUGCCAUUUUCUCAACCGACAGAUUCCCAGUAAAACAGAAGGCCAUGGAUGAGGCUCGUGAAUUGCUUCAUGCAGAUGUUAUGCAUGCUGAUUUCCAGAACACCAAAGAUUCUGUGAACCAGAUCAACAGCUACGUAGAGAAGAAAACCAAUGGGAAAUUAGUGGAAGUUGUCAGUGAUCUUGACCCAGACACUGUAAUGGUUCUUUUAAACUAUAUCGUCAUGAAAGGUUAUUGGGAAAAACCUUUUGAUCCCCAGAGCACUCGGAAGAGGGACUUCUUCGUCAAUAAUGAAACGACAGUGCAAGUGGAUAUGAUGCACAGAGACGGCUAUUAUUAUACCUAUCGUGAUGAAGAGCUGGGCUGCAAGGUGGUGCGGAUCCCAUACCGAGGCAACGCUUCGGCACUCUUCAUUCUGCCUGACAAAGGAAAACUGCACCAGGUGGAACAGGCACUGGGGCCAGAAGCUUUGUUAAGAUGGAAGACUUCCGAAAGACAACAGAGAAUAGACCUGUCACUUCCAAAGGUCACAAUGAGGACAAGUUAUGAUGUCAAAGAACUAAUUAAAGGAUUGGGUGUUACUGAGGUAUUCACAGACCAAGCAGAUCUAACUGGAUUCACUGAGCAGCGCAAGUUGAAGAUUUCAAAGGUUGUCCACAAAGCUUAUUUGAAUAUCCAUGAGAAUGGCACUGAAGCUGCUGCCACAACCGUCAUCGAAAUGGUCCCAACUUCUCUCCCCCCUCGAGUUGCAUUCGAGAGGCCCUACCUGGUAGUGGUUGUAGAGCACCUUGCCCAUGCCCUCUUGUUCGUCGGGAGAGUUGUGAAUCCUAAUGAACACUAA